ACGUGGGAGUAUCUGCGAAAAGAAGACCUUCAGGAAAGCGUCUCCAACCGUUCCAGAAAUGCCCCGGAAGUGCCUGCGCCCUCAGUAAAGAUGGCAGUAGCAUUUGCCAGGAGGGAGGUGGUGCUGCGCCUGCGCAACAAGCUCGGCAGGGAAGAUGGCGGAUGACAAGGAUUCUCUGCCCAAGCUUAAGGACCUGGCAUUUCUCAAGAACCAGCUGGAGCGCCUGCAGCAACGUGUGGAAGACGAAGUCAACAGUGGUGUAGACCAGGAUGGCUCGCUCUUGUCCUCUCCAUUCCUCAAGGGCUUCCUGGCUGGCUAUGUGGUGGCCAAACUGAGGGCGUCAGCAGUAUUAGGCUUUGCUGUGGGCACCUGCACUGGCAUAUAUGCAGCUCAGGCGUAUGCUGUGCCCAAUGUGGAGAAGACAUUGAGGGACUAUCUUCAAUCACUGCGCAAGGGGCCCGACUAGCUCUGGAUCCCAUGGGGGAGGAUGAGCAGCUGGGGCCUGCAGGUGGAGGCCUUUCAACCACAGAUGCCAUAUCUGGCCUCCCCGGCUUUCACCCAUUUGCUGUCUCCAGCUUUCCUGCCGCCUUCCUGCAGAGGCUGGACA